AUGGAUGUUAUUGAAGAUUUUUUUGAGAUCCUGAGAGUUGUUUUAGAUUAUGUUGGAAUUGACAUGGAUGAUAUGUCUGAAUUCCUUGGUUCUCUGAAUACCCGAUCAAGACGAGCCCUUCUUCACAUGAACAGAGCAAUUGUGACAAAAUGGCACCAAUCCAUUACUGAGCCACGUGUUAGGAUGUACAGCAGGUGGAACCAUUGGAGAUCUGAUAUACGCCACCAAAGUUUAGUCAGGAUCAUUGGCACCAGGUUACCACUGCGCCCAGCAAAAAGGCUCAAAAUACAAAGUCAUUUACUGCGUCAUCGACAACGUCAUGAGAGUUGUGACAGUGAUAUAUCAUUGCUGUCCUUGACAAGCACUGUGUCAUCCUCACAAGCUGAUCUGAUGUGGGUGGAGGAAGAUUUAGGGGACAACUGUAUCAGAGUAAGAGCACAAAAGAAGGAUGAGGUUGAUGACUGUGAUACUUCUGACGAUUUUGAUAAUGAUUUCAUGCUACGGAAUGAAGGUGUUCGCUCUCCCAUGAACUCCACCAUGAUUAGCUCAGUCUCCAUGGUGUCCUCGUGUGAUCCAGCUGCUAUCCAAAAGAUCACAGCUAUGGAGGAUGAGUUAACAGCUUUGAGAAAGCAGAUGGCUAUGCUUGUACUGAUGCAAGAACAAGUGAAUAAAUCUCAAGCAGUAUCUUCAAGUGUGUGUGCCACACCAACAGAAAAUAGUGCUACCCCUAUUUCAACACCUUCAGGAGCAACAUUGGAAAUGUUUACCCCACCCCUUCCUCCUCCACCACCCCAAUAUGAACCCUUGCCCCCAGACUCCCUUGCAGAAUGUCUUCCACCACCUCCUGUCAGCUGGGGGGUGCCCAUGCCCCCUCCUCCGCCUGCAGCUCCUGUCACUCCAAGGUCCCAUAGUCCGCAGGCCAUCUCAACACCACUUCAGCCCACAGCUCUGGCUGAUAAGAUCAAUCCCAAGAACAGUAGGGAGAAGGAGAAAGGGUCCCUCACAGACGUUCUGAAAGGUCUAGGCUCAGUCAAACUGCGAUCGAUCCAAAGAUCCCCCGGUGGUACUCCCUUAAAGGUGAAGCAGCCAGAUCCUGAGUAUACUCGGUCAGACCCAGCUUCCCUCAUUGCUCAAGCUCUGAAGAAAAAAUUUGCCCAGCAGAUGAUGUACAGUCCAGAUACAGACAAGGAAAAUGAUAACCACGACUUCAGCUCUUCUGACAUAGAAAACAGCCCACAUGUCAUACCAGGAAGAAAGAACAUAAAGAGACGCUCCAUACUUUUCGAGGAUCGGCGUAAGAGUGCAGGGCCUCUACGUGAUCUUAACGUUUAGUGCCAAAUGUUCCAGCAAAGGAUUUUUAUCAACUCAAGGUUUUAUCAUAAAACAGACGUUUUAAUCAUGUAUAUAACAGUUUUAUUGUAUGCAAAUUGACACAUUUCUAUUAAAACUAAGAAAAU